CGUCAUACAACCUAACCUACCCAACCACUCAUUUCACACCUCUCUUAUCUCUAUAAAUACCCACAUCAACACAAGCUCCAGAAUCCACAGCAAAUUCGUUGCCCACCUCCAUAAUAUUGUUUACUUAAUUAACUCUUCUAUCUUGUAGGGGAAACUAUUUCCCACAUAAUAUGGCAGGGUCAGGAGAUGAAGUGAAGCUCCUUGGAGCAUGGCCCAGCCCCUUCGUUCUUAGAGUACAAAUUGCUUUAGAACUCAAGGGGGUUAGCUACGAGUAUCUGGAGCAAGAGAUUUGGGAAAAUAAGAGUGAGCUCCUCCUCAAAUCCAAUCCAGUGUACAAGAAGGUGCCAGUUUUGAUCCACAAGGAUCGGCCAAUUUGCGAAUCCGCGAUCAUCCUCCAAUACAUCGACGAAGUUUGGGCCGGAACUGGGCCCUCGUUGCUUCCAUCUGAUCCAUACGAUCGCGCCAUCGCGCACUUUUGGGCCGGCUAUAUAGAUGACAAGGUAUGUUAUUCUAA